UGAUGGCCGAGGAGGACCCCCAGCAGCAACAGCAGCAGCAGCAGCAACAGCAACAGCAGCAGCAGGCGGACCGCGGGGCGGGGAGCCUGCCCGGCCUGCUCCCCGGGCUGCAGGGCGCCGAGGCCAGUGCUCUGCAGCUCAGGAUCAAGAACUCCAUCUGCAAAUCUGUUCAAUCAAAAGUGGAAAACAUUCUGCAAGAUGUCGAGAAGUUCUCAGACAUCGAAAAGCUCUACCUCUACCUUAAGUUGCCUUCUGGUCCCAACAGUAGCGCUGAUAAAAGUGACCAGAGCGCCCUGUCGUCGAGCCGCACACAGCAGAUGCAUGCGUUCAGCUGGAUCCGCAAUCAUUUAGAGGAAUACCCAGAGACCUCUCUUCCCAAACAGGAGGUUUAUGAUGAAUACAAGAGCUUCUGUGACAAUCUUAAUUACCACCCACUGAGUGCUGCAGACUUUGGAAAAAUGAUGAAAAAUGUCUUCCCGAACAUGAAGGCGCGUCGACUUGGCAUGAGAGGAAAAUCAAAAUAUUGCUAUAGCGGACUAAGGAAGAGACCCUUUGUUCACAUGCCAUCAUUACCCACUCUGGAUCUCCAUAAAACAGGGGAAGGACUCCAGUGUGAUGUCCUGGAGUCUCCGGGUCAGCUGAGCAGCAUAAAGGAGGAGGUGCGAUUUGCGGCCUGUGAUCUGGUGUGUGAGUGGGCCCAAAAGGUGCUGAAACGGCAGUUUGAUGCUGUGGAAGAUUUGGCUCGUUUCCUAAUCGACAGCCAUUACAUCAGCAACAAGUCUCUGGCAGCGCUCACCAUUGUGACCGGCACAGCAGCAGAUGUUAAGUCUCCACAGUCGUUGUCAGCAUUCAUGCCCACUGCUGAGGCUCACUCCUUCCAGCCUCACGUGACAACCUUGUCGUCACCUUCUGUCGAUGCAAAGCAGCAGCUCCAGAGAAAGAUCCAGAGAAAGCAACAACAACAGGAACAGAAGCUGCACUCUCCUUUACCUGGAGAGGGACAAACCAAGAGGGCAGAUGACAGUGGGCCUUGUUGUAGCCCCACUUCUCCAUCACCUCAGCCAGCCAUAGGCAUUGUGGUCGCUGCUGUCCCGAGCCCCAUCACGGUACAGAGAAGCAGGCAGCUGAUGUCCCCCAGUCCAGUGGGAACAAUGGAGAGCAAAGUGCUGCCUUUUAACUUUCAAAUGGUGACACAGCCAGUUCAGCCGGUGAAACAGAGCCCCAAAACCCUGCAAAAUAUUCUGGCCAGUCCCGUGGGAGAACGCACUGCUCGGCAGCGCUAUGCUCAAAUCCUACCCAAACCCUCUGCCACCACUGCUAUCACUUUGCGCUCGCCCUCCACCAUGAUCAUUGCCAACAGCCCCAUUAAGACUGUGAUGACUACAUGUCACGUCAGCCCAGUCAGUUUGGUCAAGAUGACAGCCAUAUCUCUGGCACCCACCAGCAGCAAUACCACCACAUCCCUUACAAACACAACUCUGCGACCAGCAUCUGCAGGUAUCAGCAGUUCUGAAAUUGCAGAAGACAUCACCUCCAAUCAAACCACAAGGAGUGCCUCCGCAGUCCCCAUUCUGACCCCGGUAGCCAGGCCAGGGCAGACUACUGGCAUUCAUGGCAUCGAUGUUGAAAUGGAAGUUGAAGCUAUACAUAAAAGCAGCCAAAUGCAAAAACCUAGCAGUCUCAGAUUGACUCAAGGAGCAAUGGCAAAUAGAACCGGAGGGGCUGUGCAGAGGGCUGCCAGUGUGCCCAUACCUCAAACUAAAGGCUUCCUGGCUCUGGAGGAGACGAUCUCUAAAUGCAAUGGAAAGUCCUCCUCAAGCACUAACACUGCCGCAGCAGUUGAAAGCAGCAAUAUGAGCGCUAAUAAUGCAAGCACUUUGCACUUAACUCCCUCCACUCAGAAUACCAGCGCUGUUUCUUUACUGAGCACCAGCAGAGCACCUUCAUUUGGGGAAACAUCAACAAAGGAAGGUUUCUUGUCCACUAAGAGCCUCAGGAAACGCUCAGGCCUCAGCCCAGAGCUUUCGCCAGUCAAAAGGGUUUUUAUGCCCCAGCAGCCAGUAGGGGGCACUGCUGGUCUUGGAUAUGGCAUCAGAAACACAGUCAGUUAUGUCCCCAGGUCAGGAGCUCCAACUAGACCUGAGAGUGCACCAGCAACCAGGGAGGUGGAGGUGAAAAUGAACUCUGUCUUGUCCACUCAAGCCAAUGCAUUCUGCACUUCCUCUUUCAGAACCAGUGGCUUUUACUCUGUUGCCAAAACACAGAGCUCAAUGCAAAGGAAAAACACUUCCACUGUUAUGGAAACUAGCACCUCAGUCAGUCACGCAUUAAUACAGCAACAGCAGGGGCACACAAUGACUAACAUGCCAAUCGUACCUUACAGCCCCAGCCUCCAGACACAUUCAGGUGAUGGUAGGAGUUCGAACUCAACCACCGGGAGCCUGGAAAGAGCUCAACAACAGACCUACACUCAGUCCAACCCUGCUGCUGAACCCAUAGAGUUUUUGAGUCAAGCUUCAUCAUCCAGUCAUCUCCCCAUGCAGAUGGAUAUGGACUACUUUACCUUUGAUGAUGAUGUGACUCAGGACAGCAUUGUGGAGGAGCUGGUGCAAAUGGAGGAGCAGAUGAAACUUAACAACCUGCAGGAGUUUGGAGACUGUGUCACACUGCAAGGCCAACAGGCUGUGGUGCCAGACAACAUAAUGUCCACCAAUCAGACCAUGACUACUUUCUAUCAUGCUGCAAACAACAGCAGCAACCCGAUCCAAACUCCAACCCCGACACCCACACCCACACCAACAUCAGAGAUGAUGGGAGGAGCCCAAUGCCUCACCGGAGAGAGCCCCUGCUCCCGGAUCACCUCCACCACCCCGGUGGACAGCGCACUGGGAAGCAGUCGUCACACCCCAGUUGGUACUCCACACUCCAGCUGCAGCAGCACUGUGCCUCCCAGUCCAGUGGAGUGCAGGAACCCAUUCGCAUUCACACCCAUCAACUCCAGCAUCACUGGCUUCCAUGAUGGCAGUACCGUCUCCAGCAGCCCUGUCAAGCCCAUGCAGAGGCCGAUGGCCACCCACCCAGACAAGACCAGGCUUGAGUGGAUGAAUAACAGUUACAGCAGCAGCAGCAGCGGGAGCUUAAACAAGUCAAACAGUGGAAUGGGAAUCCUCCCCAGCUAUCAAGGCUUGAUAGAUGACCAUUUUCAAAAACCUCACGCCUUCGCCGUCCCUCAUCCACGGCACCAUGACAGCAAUUUUGGCCGCUUGACUCCCAUCUCGCCUGUGCAGCAGCAGGUAGCUUGCAUGUCUAACAUGACCAAGCAGGAGGGCUUUGCUGUGCCUGCCCCUCUGGAUAGCAAAACCACCAAUGUACCUGCUACAAAUUUUCGAUGCCGCAGUGUAAGUCCAGCGGUGCAUCAGAGGAAUUUUAGCGGAAGCGCAGGAAACAGUGCCCUUCCCAAUGUACUGCGUUCAGUAGUGUCUCCCUUUAACUCUCCUGUGACGCCUGAGGUGUUGAACAUCUUUGCGAACAGCCAGACAAAUCUCGGGGUGAGCAGCAUGGCUCAGCGGAGCCGUUCUGUGCCGCUCAACAUAAUGAUGCAGACUGAGGUCCCGCCAACACCGGGCCAACAAUGCAACAGCAAGAACAUCAGCAGUGUCCUCCUCAGCAAGCUGGACGGGGACCACGAUGAUGCUUUGCGAGGUCUGGGCAUCAAUAAUUUAUCCUCCAGCUACACUGCACGUAUGAACCUCACCCAGAUCCUUGAGUCUGACCCCAGCCUCCCCUGCACUGACACCCACCUCAGCCUGAUGACCUCUGAGCCCACCAGCACAUGCAAGAUGCAGAGGCCGGAUUACCUCAUGGAAAAUGCCAUUAAUGAACAAAUGAUUCUCUCUGCAAAUGACAGCCAAGUACAAUCAGCCUCUGGAGAGCAUCAGCAGGCCCAGUCUAUGUUGUUAACUUUGAACCCACAGCAGCAGCAAGAACAAUUACAGCACCUUGCUGCUGGCAGCCAGCUCAUCGAACAGGUGUCGGAGCUGACCACAGGCGGGGCGGACUUCCCGUGUGAAAUCAGAAUGACAUCAGAGCUCUCCAGUAGCAUCAAUGACCUUAAUGCAUUGGACACAAACCUUCUGUUUGACCCCAACCAGCAGCAAGGCCAAUAUCAAAACGCUACCCCGGAGGAGUUGGUGAAUGAUCCACUGUUUCAGCAAAUUACCAGCGAGACGGCACAUUCAGGUGGACUCGACUGGUUAGAAAGCAAAGAUCAUCCCACUGUUGGUUUGAUGGGUUGAGAAUGGAGCUUUUCAAAAUUGUGUUGAUCUUGAUAGUCUGUGGUUGCUGUUUGUUUUAUUUAUUUUCAGGCAUUUACACUUUAUAAUGCAACACUGGACACAUUGAGGUUUGUCCAGUUUAAGUGCCAGACUGAACUGCAAAGAUGCUGCAACACUCUGAUUAAAAUGCUGGUCAUUUCCCAUUAAUCAGAGACCAUCCCCUCACAUUGUUUAAUUAAGUGCAUUUCCAACAGGUAAACACAGGUUACUGUACAAAAGAAGAAACCGAAUCCUUAACCUGUCUUAUUAUAUUGUGUUCGAGAUUUCACUGAAGUGUCAGUGAUUUAAAAAAAAAAAAAAAAACAUAACAGAGCCACAAAUUUCUAAAGAAAUGUGGAAGUUAAUGCGUCUUUUACAACAUUUCUUAAUAUGAUUGUAUCUAAAUCCAAGGCAUUAUCUAAUUAAAGCAUAAGGUACAAAUUACAAAAUAUAUUUGAGACAUUUGGGUGCAAUUAUAGAGUCACUGAAAAAAAUGGAAUAUCACAUGCACCAAGUAUGAAGUAGCUUGCCAUCUGUGCAAGUACAGUCAUCUUUGUAGGAGCCUUAGGUGUCGGUCUGGUUUCAGUGCCUGGAGCUGGAGAAGAUAUUAACAACAAGACAUGUUUAAAAGUAUAUAUAGAAAUCUCAUUUAGUGACACAAACACUGAAUGUGAAUCCAUUUAAUAUAAUCUCAUGAUGAGUUAUCACUGAUGAUUGAUGAUAUGUUGAAGAGUUUGCUUGGAGCAUAUAUUAGGACGUGGAUGUAUUAAUAAUGAGUGUUGUAUCCAUUUAUCUAAUCAUAAACGUAAUAGUGGAAUAUAUGAAGAGUAUCUGUUAGAACUUUGGAAGUGUAUCAGAGCCAUAAAAGGAAGUGAUAUGAUAUGAUAUAACUGUCAGGCCCAAAGUGAUCAUAAUUCUGGUUAUUAGCAUAUCCACAUUCUUCAGGCUUUGAAAGACUUGUACAUGAUGUCAAUAAUAAUGACUGGCCUCUGCUUUAUUGCUAUAAAACGUAGUCUUGUUUAAUCAUAAUUAUAAAGCUCUAAUGAAUCCCUUUAAUUUACAUGCAAAAUUAGCUUUUGUUAAUUGUUUAAUCCAAAGAUAUAUUAAGAAAUAACAGCCAUACACUAUAUGAAAAAAAUCAGAAACAGAUUCAUGUCAAAGAAAAACAAGAGUUAUCUUAGUGGUUCUGAGUUGUUUAGUGUGGACACAUUAAACCUAGAAGGAUGACCUCUGUCCAGCAAUGAGGCACUAAAAAUAGCUUUAAUUAUGCAUCUGUUUACAUGCCAUUUAUACGGAAGUUGUGUCACACAGAGCAUUAUGAAGGGUUGUGUGAUACCUUUUCAUGUUGUAGUGCCACAUACAACAUGAAUCAAACAAGCAGCAAAAGAUGUAGGCUCAACCACAAGAAAAAACGUUUACCUAAGAAUAAAACUAGACUCCUGCAAUGGGGGGUUCCUGCACUUUUAAAGUAUGAAUCAAUAAAAAUUGAUUGGAAGUUACAGGGGAAGGUUUUCAUCUCAAAAUAAAGUAGAUGAAAGUGAAAGGAACGUAAUAAACACUUAAACUCAUCAAACUGCACUGACAAUCUGUAAUACUUGUUUUUCUUUACAACAAUGCACUGUGUUUGGUUUGGAUGAUUUUUUAGGAGGAAUUUUAUUUUUUCGCUGAAUGUCCCGAGAAAUGAAUCAAAAUGUAUAACAGCUACUGAUCAAAUGUGAAAGUCUUUUACAUGUUUUACACUGAUGAUGAGCAGUGUGUAAAGAAGGGAUGCGACCACUGGUUCAAAGGUGCUUCGGGGGGUUUUUGGUUUCUGAGCCUUAUGUUCAUACCAAAGACUCACCUUUAAAUAUAACCUGCAAUAACAUGCACUAAGCUCUUGAGUGUCUAAUAUAAAUCUCCUAUGUGACAUAUUGACAACAGUUAUAACAAGCAUAUUUUGUCAUAUGAAGGCUAAAAUGGAAAAAGUUGCACUGGAAAAACAUUUGUUUCUAAAAAAAAAAAGAGUGCAUCAGUACAACAUUAAGGAUUUCCCCAUGUUUUUCUAAACCAAACAGGUACAUCAAGUUUUUGUUGAGGCAAAAAAACACUGUAAUGUAUUCAUGAACAGUUUCUCUGUGUGUAGCUUUAGGUCCCUGAGUGUACAUUGUUGGUCACACUAACUUUAUUUGUUGUACAGAUCGUUGGUGUGGCCAGUUGUCCAGCGUGUUUUUGUUUCACGGUUAUUUAUUUAGUGUUGUUUGUACAGAAGGUAUAACCUUGCAAACCAUAUAACCUUGUGUGUUCACAAUAAUCUGAUUUGCACUGCUUUGUAACAUAUAUUUCAAGUGUCAUAGCAUAUUACCAUCUAUCAUAUACAGUACUUCUUUUUUCAGCGGAUGAUUUGUCGAAUAUAUGAUGGUGAAUAAUAAGAAAAUUUACCAAAACUCUCAAGAUUCAGCUUGCUAUGUAAAACCUUUCAGAACUGGAUUUUGGCAGAAAAUUAUCCUAGAAAAGAUUUGCACAACUUUUAAAGAAUUAAAUGAGACUAUGCAUGAUUAUAUGGUGUAAUAUUAAGGUCAUGAUAUAUUGCAAACACAGUGUACUGAAUCUUUGAGUGUGUUGAUAAAUUGACAGUUGUUUUAUACCGAUUACAGAACUUUUAACUUCUGUAAAAGCAGAUUGUAUCAUUGUAAUAUAUAAUCUCAUUUUGAGUCUAAUUUAAUAUUGAGUAUUCUGACCUUUCAAACCUUUCUUAACUGUGUGUCUGUGAAAACAUUUGCAUUUAUUUUGUUAGCACUGAUGUUUGUGUUUAUGAAGACGUUACCCUUCCUCUUGUUAUAAGUGGUGUAGAGCUGUAGAACUACCCUCCACUGUAGUCCUGUUGCUGUGGUCAGUCUACAGGGGAGUUGUUUUGUUGUUUUUUUUUUUUUUGCAUUUUAGCAAGUGAUUUUAUAAGAGGAAGUGCUUAUUGAUACUGAUUUUUAAAGAC